GAGUAAUUUCUAAAAGCGUAAAAUGCACACGCCAGCUAUGUAAACAGGGACAUAAUUUUUCUUUUAAUCUGUUCUUGUUUCUUGGAAAAUCAUACUAGUAUUGUCAACAAGAAAAUCAAAUCACAUGUACUUUAAUGUCUCCGUAAUGUUGGAAUUAUCUAUCCAGGGUGAGCCAGUGUGGAAAUCAUCCCACAAAACCAAUUGGUAUUAGUAAAGUUAUUUUCAGUUCAGGGCUUAGGAGAAUCUGUACUACUGGUCCAUGCAGUUGGAAAAGUUGCGGGCAGUAGCCUAAUGUUCUAUUGGAGUGUAGCGUUGGGGUUGUUCUAGGUUAGCAAUGGAAAGUAAAGUAGUAGAUGAAAAUGAGGAAAGCCCGCUUGUUCCCAUGCGAGUUGAUAGAUUCGGUUUUGUGAAGCAGGAACAUAGCCCUACUGAAGGUUUAGCAAGGAGCCGGUCGGCCUUUGAAUAUCAGAGAGAUGAGAGAAGGAUUAGGAAAUGGAGAAAAAUGAUAGGUGUUGGAGGAAGUGACUGGAAGCAGUAUGUUCGGAGGAAACCACAUGUUGUUAAAAGGCGAAUACGGAAAGGAAUACCUGAUUGUCUAAGGGGGCUCGUCUGGCAGCUAAUUUCUGGAAGUCGGGACCUCUUGCUACUUAAUCCUGGAGUUUAUGAGCAACUUGUCAUAUAUGAGACAUCAGCUUCCGAAUUGGAUAUUAUUCGAGAUAUUUCUCGCACCUUUCCCUCGCAUGUUUUCUUUCAGCAGAGACAUGGACCUGGUCAAAGGUCUCUUUACAACGUUCUGAAAGCAUAUUCUGUCUUUGACCGAGAUGUUGGAUACGUACAGGGCAUGGGAUUUGUAGCAGGUCUGCUUCUUCUUUACAUGAGUGAAGAAGAUGCAUUUUGGUUAUUGGUUGCAUUGUUGAAGGGAGCCGUUCACACUCCUAUGGAAGGAAUGUACUUGGUAGGAUUGCCGCUUGUACAGCAAUACCUCUUUCAGUUUGAUCGUCUGGUGAAAGAGCACCUGCCGAAGUUGGGUGAGCAUUUUGUUCAGGAAAUGAUAAAUCCCAGCAUGUAUGCAAGUCAGUGGUUCAUAACUGUUUUCUCGUACUCUUUCCCAUUUCACUUGGCUCUCAGAAUUUGGGAUGUCUUUCUUUUUGAGGGUAUUAAAGUCGUCUUCAAAGUUGGCUUGGCUCUAUUGAAAUAUUGCCACGAUGACCUGGUUUCCAAGCAUUUGGAGGAACUGAAGCAAGAAUAUGACCAGCAACGCGGGAAACCUCCUGAUUCCCAAGUCAAACAGUAAGAUUUACCAAACGCAAGAGACCUCUGAAGAGCAACCAAGCUAGAUUUCUGUGCAUAAAAUUUGUAUUCUUUUAGUUCUGUUUCCAAAUCUGUCUCAGCUGCUGUACAUAAAUACAUUUACCAGAUUACCAGACCCAUGCAGUUUUUAGUGCAAAAUAGAGAACUUCUGUUGGUUGUUUGGUCUAUUUAAAGGAGAAGGCAUCUGGCUUCGCCAUGAGGGUCAAUGGUAUAAGUUUUACUAGGCUUCUUAUAUUUACAAA